CCCACCCCUCUCUGCAGUAUGCAUGUUCGCCAGGGAAUCCGCGAAGCGCUCACGUCCCAGCAGUGUACUUCACCGGUCAGAGACCAUCUACUCAAGAGUCGAGGAUAAUCCAUUUGGAUGUGGCAGACGGACCGGAGGCGGAAAGCCCAAAUUGACCGCGGGAAUACAGCAUUACUACAGGAAUACAGGCUGUCUCUCUCCUCUGAACGUGGACAAUCAUGCAUGUGCUCUUCUGGGGCUUGGGGUUCCUACUAUUCCCUGAUUUCUUGAAUGUAGUCGCAUCUACAGGGAGAUUACUUUUGAAUUCAAGCGCAGUCAAAGAGGAGUUCGUUGCUUAUGAGAUUGUAACACCGAUGCGAGUGAAUGAAGUCGGUGACAAGUUUCCAACCAGCGUGCACUUCAAAAGGAAAAGACGAAGUUUGGACGAGAGCACCGGUAACAGUACGGACCACUGGGGCUCACCAAAUAUCCACUACAGGAUAUCUGCUUUUGGACAAAACUAUCACCUCAACCUUACGCUGGAUUCGGGAUUUAUUGCACCUCUCUACACUGUGACAAUACUUGGAGUGCCCCAAGGAGAUAACACAACGGAAUUUGCAACAGAUGCAGAGGGAGCAGAGGAAGAGGAGGAGGAAGAGGAGGAGGAGGACACAGAGUUAAGGCACUGCUUCUAUAGAGGACAUGUAAACGCGCAUGCACAACACGCCGCAGUCAUCAGUUUGUGCUCCGGACUGCUCGGCACUUUCAGGUCUCCAGAUGGGGAGUAUUUUGUGGAGCCCCUACACAGCUAUCAAGGAGAACACUAUGAAGAGGAGCACACGAAACCUCAUAUUGUAUACAGGAAGCCUGCAUCCAAGAAAAACACAUCUGAGGAGAUUUCAGCGUGUGACACUUCAGGACACAAACACAGACAUAAGAGACACAAGUUGAAGAGAGGGCCAGCAGCUGGGGUCACCACUGUUCCCAACGCAGCCCCUGUGGCCAGCGCUGGCAUAUUCAGUGACCUGGAGUCACUGAGUGCCAGCCUGGCCAGCAACACUUUUCUCAAAUCAGAGCAUGGCAACGCUAGCAGUAGACCGUCAAAUGAUAGCAGUGGUGACUCAGGACCUCACAGGAGAUCAAAGCGCUUCCUCUCCUACCCGCGCUUUGUUGAAGUCAUGCUGGUGGCCGACAGCAAAAUGGUGGAGCAUCACGGCAGCAAUCUACAGCACUACAUACUCACGCUAAUGUCCAUCGUGUCUUCUAUCUACAAGGACCCCAGCAUUGGCAACCUGAUUAACAUUGUGAUUGUUAAGUUAGUGAUCAUAAGUAAUGAGCAGGAUGGUCCAGUCAUUUCAUUUAAUGCACAAAUCACUUUAAAGAACUUCUGCAUCUGGCAGCAGAGCCAGAACAUCCUGGAUGAUAACCACCACUCCCAUCAUGACACUGCCAUCCUUAUCACCAGGCAGGACAUCUGCAGAGCGAGGGACAAGUGUGACACCCUUGGACUUGCAGAGUUGGGGACAGUGUGCGAUCCUUAUAGAAGCUGCAGCAUCAGCGAAGACAACGGACUGAGCACUGCGUUCACUAUUGCCCAUGAACUUGGCCAUGUGUUCAACAUGCCUCAUGAUGACAGUAACAAGUGUAAGGAGGAUGGAGCUAAGAUACAGCAACAUGUGAUGGCUCCCACACUUAAUUACAACACAAACCCUUGGAUGUGGUCCAAGUGUAGCAGGAAGUACAUCACAGAGUUCUUUGACACAGGAUAUGGUGAGUGCUUGCUUGACGAGCCCAUUUCUAGGCCGUACAGUCUCUCGCAGCAGCUGCCUGGGCGGAUAUACAAUGUUAAUAAACAGUGUGAAUUGAUAUUUGGGCCGGGGACGCAGGUGUGCCCUUAUAUGACUCAGUGUCGGAGGCUGUGGUGCACCAGUCCAGAGGGCGCCCAGCGGGGCUGCAGGACGCAGCACAUGCCGUGGGCAGACGGCACAGACUGCUCCCCCGGAAAGCACUGUAAACAUGGCCUUUGUAUACUCAAAGAGCAUGACGCCACACCUGUGGAGGGAGCAUGGGGAGUUUGGAGUCCUUUUGGUACCUGUUCUCGGACAUGUGGUGGUGGCAUAAAGAUGGCCAUGCGCGAAUGCAACCGACCCGUGCCCAGAAACGGAGGAAUGUAUUGCGUUGGUCGGCGGAUGAAGUUUCGCUCUUGUAACUCUGAGCCCUGCUCCAAGCAGAAGAAGGACUUCAGAGAGGAACAAUGUGCUGCAUAUGAUGGCAGGCACUUCAACAUCAACGGUCUACCUCCUAAUGUUCGCUGGGUGCCCAAAUACAGCGGAAUCCUGAUGAAGGACAGGUGUAAGCUGUUCUGCAGGGUGGCAGGCAGCACAGCUUACUAUCAGCUCAGGGACAGGGUCACGGAUGGGACGCCAUGUGGACCCGAUACCAAUGACAUCUGUGUCCAGGGCCUGUGCAGGCAAGCAGGCUGUGAUCAUGUACUGAACUCUAAAGCCAGGAGGGACAAGUGUGGUGUGUGUGGAGGUGAUAACUCUUCCUGCAAAACUGUAGCAGGCACCUUUAACGUUGUACGCUAUGGUUAUAAUGAAGUUGUGCGAAUACCCAGUGGUGCUACAAACAUAGAUGUGCGUCAACACAGCUACUCAGGGAAACCGGAGGAUGACAACUACCUCGCCAUAUCUAAUAGCCGUGGAGAAUUCCUGCUGAAUGGAGAAUUUGUGGUCAGCAUGUUCAAAAGGGAAAUCAAAGUGGGAAACGCCAUCAUUGAGUAUAGUGGCUCUGACCAUGUCAUCGAGAGGAUCAACUGUACUGACCGCAUAGAAGAAGAAAUCAUUAUUCAGGUGCUGUCUGUCGGGAACCUUUACAACCCAGAUGUCAGGUUUUCCUUUAACAUCCCUAUAGAGGAUAAGCCUCAGCAGUUCUUCUGGGAUGCUUAUGGUCCCUGGCAGGAGUGCAGCCACCUGUGCCAAGGAGAACGCAAGCGGAAGAUUCUCUGUAGCAGAGAAUCGGACAGGGUGGUUGUGUCAGAUCAGAGGUGUCACGGUAACGCUCGGCCUGCUGCCAUCACUGAGCCCUGCAACACUGAAUGUGAACUCAGAUGGCACGUGGCUCGUAAAAGCGAGUGUACAGCCCAGUGUGGCCUUGGAUAUCGUACUCUCGAGAUAUAUUGCGCCAAAAUCAGCCGCACAGAUGGCAAGACCCAGAAAGUGGAUGACCGCUACUGUAGUGGUCAGCGCAAACCUGAUGACAAGGAAAGUUGCCAUGGAGACUGUAAUCCGGGUGGGUGGGAUUACUCACCCUGGUCAGAGUGCACCAAGAGCUGUGGUGGGGGCAUCCGCCGUCGAGGGGCGGUGUGUCGAAAGACAGCUGAGGCUAGUGGUGAUGAGAGUCAAUGCAGUCAAAGGGACAAACUAACCGUCCAACCCUGCAAUGAAUUCCUAUGUCCACAAUGGAAGACUGGCGACUGGUCUGAGUGCCUUGUAACAUGCGGGAAAGGCUACAAGCACCGUCAGACAUGGUGUCAGUUUGGUGAGGACCAUCUAGAUGAUCGUUUUUGUGGAUCAUCUAAACCAGAGUCUGUUCAGGCGUGCCAGCAGCAGGAGUGUGCCUCAUGGCAAGUUGGGCCGUGGGGACAGUGCACUACAUCUUGCGCGCCAGGCUACCAGAUGCGAGCAGUGAAGUGUGUUGUGGGUUCUUAUGGUGCUGUCAUGGAUGACACUGAAUGUAAUGCUGCCACCCGACCUACAGACACCCAGGACUGCGAAAUGGCCCAGUGUCCAAGCAGCCACCCGGUUCCACCAGGAACCAAAGUCCCUUCUCACCAGGGCCACAAAACCCAGUGGCGAUUUGGUUCCUGGACCCAGUGUAGCGCCAGCUGUGGCAAAGGGACACGGAUGCGCUAUGUCAGUUGCCGUGACAACCAGGGUGGCGUAGCAGAGGAAUCGGCAUGUGCCCACCUACCAAAACCCCCUGCCAGUGAAGUGUGCUCUGUAGUAGCUUGUGGACAGUGGAAAGUGCUGGAAUGGACAGUGUGCUCAGUGACCUGUGGACAGGGAAAGACGACACGACAGGUGCUGUGUGUUAACUUCAGUGACCAAGAAGUGAGUGCUAGUGAGUGUGACCCAGACGAUCGUCCUACCACAGAGCAGGACUGUACUAUGUCUCAAUGCCCGUCCCGUUCCAGUGAGUCCCGACCUUUGCCGUCCUCACCAAACACCAGCAUCAGGAGCAAUCAGCCCCGAAGCCAACCUCACCAGUGGCGAACUGGACCCUGGGGCGCGUGCUCCAGCACUUGUGCAGGAGGCUUCCAGCGACGUGUAGUAGUGUGCCAGGAUGAAAACGGUUAUACUACCAACAACUGUGAGGAUCGCAGCCGACCCAACGAGCAGCGAUCCUGUGAGUCAGGGCCGUGUCCUCAGUGGAUCUAUGGCAACUGGGGAGAGUGCACAAAGCCAUGUGGCGGUGGGAUAAAGACGAGGCUGGUGGUGUGUCAGCGUCCAAACGGCGAGCGUUUCAAUGAUCUGAGCUGCGAGAUCCAUGACAAGCCACCAGAUCGAGAGCAGUGCAAUACUCAUCCGUGCCCUUCUAACCCUCAUUGGAGCACAGACCCAUGGAGCUCGUGUUCAGCCUCCUGUGGGAGAGGUUACAAAUCCCGUAAUGUGAGCUGUGUGACCGGGUCAGGCCGUCCUGUCCAGGAGGAAAACUGCCAGCAUUUGACUCCUAAACCCAGCAAGCUGAGGCGCUGUCGAAGUGGACGAUGCCCCAAGUGGAAGACUGGCAGCUGGGGCGAGUGUUCAGCUUCAUGUGGCGACGGCAUCCAGCGGAGAGAGGUUUUCUGCCAGGUCGGAGACCGACGCAGCCCGCUAGAGACCGGCUGCCCCCAGCGGUCCAGACCAACAUCCAGUCAGAGCUGCCGUGUCGCCGACUGCCCCUCCCGGUACCGGUGGAGUGAAGGGGAGUGGCAGAAGUGCAGUAAAUCAUGUGGAUCAGGCCACAGACAACGAGCCUUGCAGUGUGUGGAUCACAACCAGCAGGAGGUGCAUGAAAUGUAUUGUGUGAACCAGAUCCGACCACCAGACAUAGAAAGCUGCAACACGCAAACUUGUGAAUUAAUCUGGAUCACAGGCGAAUGGACAGAGUGCUCAUCCAGUUGUGGUCAGGGCUACCGCCAGCGUCUCGUCUCAUGCAGCGAGGUGCAUGUGGAGAAUGACAACUAUGAGUAUGGCCAUCAGUCUUUGUCCAACUGCCCUGGAACUCCACCAGAAAGCUACAUGCCCUGUAAUCUGGCCCCAUGCCCACUGCCACAGGAGUGGAGGGUUGGAAUCUGGGGACCGUGUUCAAUGAGCUGUGGGGAUGGAGUGAUGGUGAGGACAUUGCAGUGUGUGUCAGCAGAUGGUCAAGAAAGCAACAGAUGUUCUCGAGAUGUAAUGCCCGACACUAGAAAAGUCUGCAGAAAUCCAAGCUGCCAUUUGCCUUCAAGCUGUCUUGAUAUCCGGAAUGUGAAUGGUCCCAUUCCAGACAGUGAGCACUUUCUCAAUAUUCAAGGAAAAGCUUUCAAGGUCUAUUGUGCAGGAAUGCAGACAGAAACUCCACAGGAGUACAUCACCUUGACAACUGGAGAAGGGGAGAAUUUUUCAGAAAUCUUUGGCUUCAGGCUCAAUGACCCCACCCAAUGCCCAGCUAAUGGCUCCAGAAGAGGAGACUGUGACUGUCGGAGAGACUACCCAGCUGCUGGCAUCACCAGCUUCUCGAAAGUUCGCCUGGACAUUAGAAGGAUGAACAUCAUCACUACAGACUGGCAGUUUGCUUUCACCCGUGAGGGCAAGAGUGUUCCUUUUGCUACAGCUGGAGACUGCUACAGUGCCGCUGGUUGUCCACAGGGCCGGUUUAGGAUCAACUUGUCAGGAACAGGACUUAAGGUGGCUGAGGACAUGUCGUGGGUCUCCCAGGGCUCCUAUCCAGUGGCUGAUAUACAAAUAUCUCAGGAGGGCAGCAGAGUGUCAGGAACGUGUGGAGGCUACUGUGGUAAAUGUUUACCGUCCUCUGGCACCAGUCUACCUGUAACAGUGGAAUAGAUCUAAAACCAUCAAACAGCAUCCAUUUCCAUUGAUGUCCAUGACUGUCGUCAGGUGCUAUUCAGUUGUGUUUUUCUUCUUUGGUGCUAACGCCAACUUAGAAGUUAAACCUGUCCAUCACAUCACCUCUUUUACUCCAUGUAUGUAUAGUGUAAAUUAAUCUGUAAAUAGACCAAAAAAUAAUCUUAUUUAUUGUACUCGCCAUUAUUUUUGUGUUGUAAUAUAAUUUAAUAUUUUUUGUCAAGUGAGCACUUCAAUUGCCAUUUAUUAACUUUUUGGUCUAAAUAUGCCUUCCACUUUAAAAAUGAUCUAAUCAAUAUUAUUUAAUGUUAAAAAUAACUCAACAUUGCGUGUGUUAAUGUUUUUUUUUAUCUCUGUUUUGUUUAAUCCAAUGAAUUGCACAUAAGAUCCACUGGAUAACCAGUCCAGUGGAUCUUAUGUGGUGAGGUGUCUCCAGUCUGUUGCUAUGAAGCAGGUCAGCUUCAUACAGCAGUGAACCACUGAGCCUUGUUUCCAACAAACUAUAGCACCCGGGAAGGGGGGGGGCUCAUUAAGUGGCAAUUAAAAGGGUCAGGUGCAACAAAUACACCAAAGGGAAAGGCCAGGUGUUGCUGCCAUGCUAACAGUUUGGCUAGUACUUUGGGUAGCACCAUGGGGAGAAAGCAAGGUCAGUCAAUAAAAACCUAUGAUGUGAAUCAGUGCAUAAUAUCCAUCCCAGAUCUGUGGAAGAAGUUUAGUCACUCUCAAGCACAAUGAAGCAUUGCUCACACACAUUUCUGUCUGGGUCAUAUGGGAAAAAAGUUUGGGUUACAAGAGCCAUGGAGUUUAAGCUGCCAGGCAUAAGAGACAAAAUACCUCUGUGUUCCUGCAAAUCUCUCAGGCAGCGUGAAAUGACCAGAAGGAGCCAUUAGCCUUUAGCUUUUACUGAACAUUCAGGUUAUCUUAUCUGAAGCUGCUUGAAAGAUAAAAAAAAAGACUUCACCUCAAGCCAAAUAAAAUUCCACAGAUGCUCUGGAGACACCUCUCCAUCUGCUGAGCUCACAGACCCUGCAGUAUGAGCUUUGUCCAGAUGCUGCUUGUAAACCAGUUCCUCCUGUACCUCACAUUCCUUUCUCCAGUGUUGUUGUUGUUUUUUUUGUUUUUUUUUUUUUGUCUUUUUUUUUACAUAGAUAAAUUUGUCUAAACUCUACAUUAAUUCACAUUCUUCUGUUUAGAGUAUUCUGACUUGUAUGUGAAGAUAUCAGGGUACUUAAUAUUUUUGUGUGUUUUUGUGUCUCUGGCCACUGUUUUACAAUAUUAUUAACUUAAUAUGCCAUAUAGAAAAAAUGAGACGAAAGAAAUAAUUCAUUGUUGUAUUUCAGUUUAUUUAUGAUGGGUACAUUAUGCAAAGCUGAUUAGGAAGCCAUGAUUUGCCAUUUGAAACCAUUUAAUAUGGUGCUUUUCAGUGUUAUAGGUGUUAAUGUGCACACUUCAGCCAAAGGGAAUUUACUGUACUCCUGUUUCUAAACAAACGCUAAAGAUGCGAUUUUGUGUCUUACAGGAGGUCACAACUAACAGUGGCCAUUUUUGUUAUUAAUGUCAGAAUGUAAUUGAAUCAUCAGAGCUCUCAGGUGUCAAUAAGAAGGGAUUAUUUUAUUUAAGUCUAUUUGCCUUUAUUUUCUUUAUUUGCCACAUGUUUAUCAGGCAACAGAACAUGUAUUAUUUGCAUUUAACAAUGUAAAAUGUCUAUAUAUAUUCUUUAUUUUAUAUGCAAAUAUUUAUUUGACCUUUUUUGUGAAUGUAUAUAAGCUUUGGCCAUGAAUGAUUACCACCGUAAUAAAGCGUCUAGCAACAUGUUUCCUGUUUUAUAUAUCUACCAUAUCUGAAUAAAUUGUAUAAGCAGAGUUUGGUGAUGCCACUUCAAAAAUAUGAUUUAUGUAUGAGGCCAGAUGGGGCAAUGAUUGCAGUGUAAUAAAAUGCCCGACACGCGCCACACUUGCCUGUCUGCUCUGCACACUAAUAAAUCAU